UGCAGUUACAAGCAGGAGAAGAAGGAACCGAGGCAGGCGAAGUGUUUGCUGCUUAGAAAAGGAUGAAACUCCUGCUGUCCUUCAUGAGAAUGUGGAUGGUUCUUGGGUUUAUGGUGGAAAUCACAGAAACAGAAAAACUCAAAAACCAGAGGGAAAGAAAUAUCACAAAACAGGUAUCACUGAGUGAAAUCAAAAGAUACCUGUCAUAUAAGUUGGAAAGAAGAAAAUUAUUUAAAAUAAUCAACCAGAAAAUGGCCAACCAGAGGAGAAGUGGUUUAAGAAGUAAGGAGAGUCAAAGCAAAGCAAAAAAGAGGGGAAAUCAAUACACAUUUUUCUCAGCAACAAAUAGCGGUUAUUCAAAAAAGGCAGCAGUGAAAAACAGUACUGAUGAGGGAGAACGUCUUUUUCAUUUGGGCAUGAAAAUUAUCCGGCAGUCCAAAAGCCAACUGCAGAAAAAACAAGCCUACCUACUCUUUGCUAAAGCAGCCAACUUAGGAAACUUAAAAGCUAUGGAGAAAAUGGCCGAGGCUUUGCUUUUUGGUGAUCUUUACUCUCAAAACAUCACAGCAGCUGCUGCAUUGUUUGAGUUCUUGGUUCAGGAUGGCUCUCAUAAAGCCCAAAAUGCACUGGGAUUUCUAUCUUCAUAUGGAAUAGGAGUGGAAUAUAACCAAGCAAAGGCACUGUUAUAUUAUACCUUUGGAGGAAUUGGCGGAAACAUGAUGUCUCAAAUGAUUUUGGGGUACAGAUAUUGGGCAGGAAUAAAUGUUCAAAAGAAUUGUGAAGUUGCACUUGUUCACUACAGGAAAGUUGCAAGUUUUAUUGCUAGCAAAUUGGAAAAAAAUGAAGGCAUCCCUGUGGAAAAAGUGAGACUCACAGAGAGACCCGAGAAUCUGAGUUCUAACAGUGAGAUUUUGGAUUGGGACAUUUACCAAUAUUAUAAAUUUUUGGCAGAAAGAGGAGAUAUCCAAAUACAAGUGUCUCUUGGACAAUUACAUUUAAUAGGGAGGAAAGGACUAGAACAAGAUUUUUAUAAAGCAUUGUACUACUUCUUAAAGGCAGCCAAGGCAGGGAGUACAAAUGCCAUGGCAUUUCUGGGAAUGAUGUACUUAGAAGGAAAUGCUGCAGCACCACAAAAUAAUGCCACUGCCUUUAAGUACUUCUCAAUGGCAGCUAAUAAGGGUAAUGCAAUUGGAUUUCAUGGACUGGGACUGCUUUAUUUUCAUGGGAAAGGCAUUCCAGUGAACUAUGUCGAAGCUUUUAAGUACUUUCAGAAAGCUGCAGAGAAAGGCUGGCCAAAUGCACAGUUUCAGUUAGGAUUCAUGUAUUACUACGGCUUCGGAGUGUGGAAGGAUUAUAAACUUGCCUUCAAAUAUUUUUACCUGGCAUCUCAAAGGGGACAGCCCCUUGCCAUUUAUUACUUGGGUGAGAUGUAUGCUUCAGGAAUCGGAGUGUUGAGAUCAUGCAGAACUGCAGUUGAGUUUUACAAAGGCAUUUGUGAACUAGGGAUCUGGGCUGAGAAAUUCUUGACCGCAUACUUUGCUUAUAAGGAUGGUGAUAUAGACUCAUCCCUUGUUCAGUAUGCACUGCUAGCCGAAAUGGGCUAUGAAGUAGCUCAAAGCAAUACGGCGUUCAUUUUGGAAUCUAAAAGCACUAAAAUUAUUGGUGAAGAUCAAAUGUAUCCAUUGGCACUUCUCUUGUGGAAUCGAGCUGCAGUUCAAGGCAAUGCACAUGCCAGAGUGAAAAUUGGAGAUUACUACUUUUAUGGCUAUGGAACAAAGAAAGAUUAUCUAACAGCAGCAACUCAUUAUGGCAUUGCAGCAGAUAAACACCACAGUGCCCAAGCCAUGUUCAACCUAGGUUAUAUGUAUGAACAUGGUUUAGGGGUUACAAAGGACAUUCACUUGGCUAGGAAACUAUAUAACUUAGCUGCAAAAUCAAAUCCAGAUGCAUCUGUACCUGUGUUCUUUGCACUUAUGAAAUUGGAAGCUGUGGAUUUUCUAAGAGAUAUCCUGCUCUUCAAUCAGUUUACGAUGAGAUGGAAAUGGCUGAAAUUGGACAAUACCUUUGGACCCUACUGGGAUUUGUUUAUGAUUGGUAUCAUAACUGCCAUACUGACCGUAUUGCUUAGAAACAGACAAGAGUAAGACAACCAUCAAAUGAAGCCAUCCUUUCCAAAGAAAUGGACUGAAACCAUUCACUCUCAACUAAUAAAGUUUCCC